CCAGUGGAACUCCAGUGGGGGGCCGGGUUACUUUUGAAGGCUUUCUAGUAGAACGUCUUUUUGCUUACUGAAAUUUGCUACUACGCAGCCUGCAUCAGCCUUCCCUUCAAUCGGUAGGCGCCGAGAAGCAAGGCGCUUGCUCGUUCCAAUUGCGACGAUCACUAAUGAUGAAGCCAGCACCCACCCAGAUGGAUGGGUCGGCAUCCUUAACAAAAGACCACGCUUUAUGUGGGGUACCCCAAACACGUCAAUCUCGCCCAUGCAUUGGCGGUCAGCCAUUCACAUGGGCUAUUUCCGUCACGUUGAUGGAGUGUCAGCGACUUGCCGGCAGCCGGCCUCAAGACAUCACUGCCACCAUAUCCGGGCUUGGAAAACACGUACACAUUGGCACCUUGUUUUGGAGGAACUUUUCACGUGUCCAGGUACGCAGCCAAUGAAUGCUUGUUGAUGUCAGUCUCAGAUCAUUGCUACCCAGUGCCUAGGCAUGUGUUGCUAGCACUUGAUGGGUCCACUUCUUGCCGUCUUGUCUCCGCCAGGGCCUUACAAGGUGGAUGUAAAUAAAAGAUGGAGGGGAGCCGCCAUCUCUAGGUACAAUGUUUAAGUCGGUUAGGAGACUCAUUUCACCAGGAUGACAGUUGGCUUAGGGUUUUUAGAGUCAAUAUUUGUCACCUACACGCCGGUGCUCUAUCUAGCAACGAUGAGGCUUGUUAGGCUAGCUCUCGGGUGGGCUACCUUGGCCUCUGCUCAGUCGGGGGACCUGGCAUCAUACGUACGGACUGAUACGGGCUCUGUCAAUGGAGGCAAUACGUUCCCCGGCGUGUCCUACCCGCUGGGUAUGGUCAAGCUGGGCCCAGAUCUCUACAACGGAGGAGACAGCUACUCGGGCUACCAGCCAGACGGCGACUUUAUCGGAUUUUCCAUGCUGCAUGAAUCCGGCACAGGUGGCGCUCCCAAGUACGGCGUCGUUUCACAGAUGCCCAUGGUGGGCGAGAUUUCCAACCCGCUAAAGGACAUGACUGCCACCAGGGCAAGUCCUGAUGUGACUCGUGUUGGCUACUACCGAAGCUCUCUCGACUCCGGGGUCACGGUGGAGCUCAGUGCAACCCGCAAGGCCGGCAUGUACAGCCAUACAUUCCCAUCCUCGGGUCAGCCUCGAAACGUCGUGGUGGAUGUCUCGCAUGUUCUGCCGUCGUUUCGUGGUCAGGGACUAGGACAGAACUACCUGGGCGGUCGUAUCGAGGUCAAAACUUCCGAGUCUGGAAGACCGAGCUAUCAAGGCUACGGCAUUUACGAUAAUGGAUGGAACCGCGCUGGACCGUGGAGAAUCUACUUUUGUGGUCGUUUCGAUAACAAUGCCACCUUCAAAACCUUUGUCAGUGACGGGCUCACCAGCGACAACCUCGUAUUCUUUGGCCAAGAAACGAGCUACGAGUCCACCACCGCUAGGAUGGGUGCUGUUUUCACAUUUAAUGAUGCUCAGGUCAUAUCUCGAGUAGGAGUUUCGUUCAUGUCCGAGAGCCAGGCGUGCGACAGUGUCGACAGCGAAAUUCUAGAGGGAACUUCUAUUUCUACUCUUGAGGAGAACACAAGGGCCGCUUGGAAUACAGAGGUUCUGUCAAAGGUCACCACAACCGACACCAACGAGACCAUGAAAACUCAGCUGUACACCGCGCUUUACUUUAUGAACUUGCUGCCGACCAACAAGACUGGAGAAAAUCCAUUGUGGGAGUCAAGUGAGCCUUAUUUCGACGACAUCUUUACUUUUUGGGACACGCACCGAUGUACCACAGCGCUUCUCCAUGUCCUUCAGCCAACAGCCUACGAAGAGUUUAUCCGGUCGAUGAUUGAUAUUUGGCGAAACGAGGGCUACGUCAGCGACGCACGAUCAUCCAACUGGAAUGGAGCUGUCCAGGGAGGCAGUAACUGCGACAAUGUUCUAGCCGACGCGUACGUCAAGGGCGUGCGAGGCGGCGUGAACUGGGACGACGGAUAUUCUGCCAUGGUCCAAAACGCCGAGGUAACUCCUCCAAAGACCGACGGCGAUGGUCGCGACCCGUCUGGCCAAGUCAAAGAGGGUCGAGGUGCGCUUCCUGACUGGAAGGAGCAUGGUUUCAUCACUCCCAAAUUCACUCGAUCGGUCACCCGCGCUGUCGAGUAUUCCACCAACGACUUUGCUUUGCAUCAGGUCGCCAGGGGCUUGGACCGGAGUGACGAUGCAGACAAGUAUAUGCAGCGAUCCCGCAACUGGCGCAACCACUGGAAUCCCGACAUGGAAGCCCUCGGUCACAGGGGCUUCCUUGGACCUCGCGACCUGAACGGCUUCAUAUCCCAAGACCCCAUGAGCUGCGGCGGCUGCUACUGGGGCGACUACUACUACCAGGCUCUCCCGUGGGAGUACUCCUUCAACGCCCACCACGACGUCGCCCACAUGGUGACGCUGAUGGGGGGGCCGGACAUGUUUGUCGACCGCCUGGAAAAGAUGUUCACCCCUGGCCUCUUUGGCGGCAAUGCGCAGUUUGGCCACACCAUGUUCAACCCAGGAAACGAGCCGAGCUUCAACUCUCCCUACAUGUACAACUUUGUCAACCGCCAGGACCUCUCGGUGCAGCGAAGCCGGUUCGUCGCAAAGUCCUACUACGCCCCGACGCCCGCGGGACUUCCGGGCAACAGCGAUGCGGGCUCGAUGGAAUCUUGGCUGCUCUGGAACAUGAUUGGUCUGUACCCGAUAACAGGACAGACGACCUUUUUGAUCGGCUCGCCUUGGUUCAAAGACCUGACCAUCGACGUCGGCGGGAACAACCUCACCAUCACGACGACUGGCGGCUCCGAGUCGGCCUUUUACGUGCAGUCGCUCAAGGUCAACGGCCAAGACUGGAACAAGUCGUGGCUGACGUGGUCCGACGUCUUUGAGAACGGCGGCACCCUUGACUUUGUGCUGGGAAGCACCCCACGCAACUGGACGACGGGGCCGCUUCCGCCUAGCCCGGCGAGCAGCGGGACGCUUUUGCGGGUUGAAUGAGAUUUUAAUGAAAAGGGCUGGCGGCCGGGAGCACGCCCAUGUAAUAGAGCGAAACUUUGUUUUAUGUCCAUCUCUUUUGUUCUUUUGCCAUAGAAGUUAUAUGUCUAAAAUACCCAAAGACAACAGCAGGCCGCAGUCAUGUUGGCCGACACAAACUACAUCUUUUUAAAACACACACGAUUUUGGCU